AUGCCGCUAAUUGAAGGUGAUUAUGAAAGAGAUGAUUCUAUGUCUAAGACUUUAACGGAAAUGAAGGACGGUGUUGGUGGUGUUUUGGGAGACUCGUAUUUUGUAGACCAGUCCUCGGACCAGCCUUCUAAAAGAUCCUCUGGUGAAACGUCAAUAUGUCACGUAUGGAAAGAACUACUGGACAACACGUCAAUGCACGGCGUCAGCCGGAUAUUCCGCCGGAAGACCAUUUUUCAUGGAAUUUUUUGGACUGCUAUGAUGGUGUUCAUGCUUGUUUGCCUUACAUUGGUCCUCGUUGCUUUUUCCACGUCGUAUUUUUCCUACGAAACACUGAUCAACUUCAAGGUGGAAAUGGCCACUGAUAUGGAAUUUCCUACCAUAACCAUCUGCAAUGUAAGUCCGAUAAACAUUUCAAAAAUUCAAAACGCCAGUGUCAUAUACGAAUACCAAUUAGCUAAAGAGGGGUAUGGCGAGAGUUUUGGAAAGGAAAUUAAUAUUUCCGAUCCAAAGUACGCCAUUUUACAUGAGCCUAGAAACGACUCCUGGUUGAUGGACACAAGCUUCGAUCUUAGAUCUAUGAUAUUCAGUUGCAAGUUUGCAGGAAAAGAGAACUGUUAUCAGUUUAUAGAAAAAAGAAAAACGGACGUUGGUAUGUGCUUUUCGUUCAAUGGCCCGUCACAGAAUCCUCCCGCUGUAAGCAGAAUAACCGGAAGUAAAAAAGGACUGUCGAUGUUUGUAAACUUGGACCAGGAUAAUUAUGUCGUUGGAAAUAACAAGGGCGCUGGAUUACAGGUUGCGAUUCACCAUCGAGAUGUUGAGCCUAAUAUGGUAGAUAAAGGCUUCUUAGUUUGUCCUGGCACUGUCAGUUAUGUGCCGAUCAGGAAAAGCAAGUACACAUAUCUGCCGAGGCCAUACAAAGCAUUCGGAACGAAUUAUUGUACAAAAACUACAGAUCCAGAUUUUCAAAAUCCAUUGAAACAUUAUCCAAAAUACAGCCAUUAUGCUUGCCUGAGAGAAUGUCGCUCCCGCUUCAUCUAUAAAUUCUGCAAAUGUCGUCUGAUAACAGAUAUUGGUGACGAAAUCAUCUGUACCAUCGCCCAGGAAGAUAGGUGUGCUUUUGGAACGAGAGAUGUAUUUGAUGGCAGUCCCAAAUUUCAGGCUGCGUGUAAUUGUCUCAUACCAUGUGAAGAGGUGGAAUUUGAAAAAGAGAUCUCGUCUGCCCAGUUUCCCUCAGAAAAAUUCCGAGAAGUACUAUAUAAUCUCUAUAAGAUUGAAAAUAUCAGUACGAAUUACUUAGAGCUGAAAUUUUAUUACGAUACAUUUGUAACGGACACAGUUGAACAAGUUCCAAAGGUAGACAUAACAAGCGUGCUUGGAAAUAUUGGAGGAUAUCUCGGGAUCUUCCUAGGGGCUAGCUUACUAACAAUUACAGAGGUGUUCGAAGUGGUUGUCCUCACAGCGUGCGUGUUUCUGAGGCGUAUCAUAAGACACAUCAAGUGUUUCCUUACCAGAGUAAAGCAGAGAACCAAUAUGGUUACAAUUUCUACAGACACUACCAAAUAA